AUGGAGCUGGAACAGGAAUUUCUUCAACUGUCUACAAAAUUCCUUUUUCUAAACUGUGGCAGUCAGUUGGCCGAUUACCGAAAUGAAAUCAAUACACUGUUGAAUGAGCUCAAUGGAUUGAACUACCGUGCCGCUCGAAUCACCGACGUGCGUUCCCCGGUACGGCUGGUGGAAUCAUUCGUAAACAUUCCUCCACACGAGGACACUCUGGUAGUGAAAGCUUGCUUUCUCGUCAAAUCACUCGUUAUCCGGCAAAAGUUAGUACUUCCAGAUGGAGCAGCACGCAGUAUGAUUGCUUGGUUGCGAAAAUGUCUUGAAAGACGAUUCUAUCAAGUAGCUUCCGAAGUUUUGGGCACGAUGCAAUUGCUUCUACGGCAGUGUUACGAAAUUUCUCCGUUUCUCGAUUUUCUAAUAUCGAACAACGGUAUCCUUAUCAACGUUCUUGUCGAUCCGGAUUACAGAAGAAUUGAACAAAAGUCACCAUCAAUAGACAACCUCGAGCAUUGCAGCACCAAUGAGCUCUAUCUUUCGUCGUUGCUUUGCCUGGAAUCGAUUUUAAUACGCUCAGAAUCAUCCUGUGAGGAGGUUGAGCCAUACCUUGUCUUGAUGGGCAAUGCAGUGCUGGAUUUAUUAUUCAAAGUGCGCGCGGAAUCAUUCACCGAGCUCACUUUUUACAAUUUAGCUACAUCUGCAACAAACUGUCUGCGGAUUAUCGUAACGUUGGACACUACGAACGAAUGGACAAAUGUCCAACUGGGCCGGUUGAUUGGCACAGCCAAGGCCUUUAUGAUGUACGGGGUGCCUGACGUAGGGAAGCUGCUACCACAACGUAUUCCGGUAUCACAACAGGGCAUUCCUGAACCGGAACAUAUACCGAUCAGUAAGGGAGGAAAAAUAGCAAAGGCGCGUAAAACACGUACUCAUCCAAAAAAUCGGAGAGGAACUGGCACAACGAAAAAAACUGGAGGACGAAUGCAAGAGAAGCAAACCAACGAAGGAGAUAUCAAUCGACAGCCGUAUUCAGAAUUAAGCCUGGUGUUGGAUUGGUCUUCAAAAGGACAAUCUUUCCAGUCUGGAAGUUAUCACACAAGUGAUUCGGAUUAUUCGGAAAACGAGGCAACGUCCUCUCGAGCACAGAUUGAAAGACACCGCUCUGCAAAGCUUCGCCAUUCGGCAUUAGCUCUGAUCGGAACCAUGGCUCAACACGUUGAGAAACGUCUCCUGUUUGGCUACUGGCACGCACUAUUUCCUGAUGAGAAUCGCUCCGUAGCCACUGUUUCCCUGCUGAACUGCGUACUACGCGACCCAUCACCUAAAUGUCGCAUAGCAGCCAUCCAAGCCACAUCGUUUCUGCUGUACAAGUCGAAACCGUUCUUGAUACAGGCGGAAAACAGCAAGAAACCCCUCGUUUCGUUCACACCGUUUUCUGUGAUCCUAGGCAACAUGGUUGUGGAAAUGUAUGCCAUGUUGACGCAGGCUAUAGCGCUCGAGAGCGAUCUGACCGUUCUCACGCAACUGCUGAAAGGACUAACUGUGUUAAUUCAGGCGACACCCUUCCAUCGUCUGCGAGAUGGAAUUGCCAGCCGUUUCGUGAGAAUCGUACGGCCGCUGGUGCGACACCGGGAUCCAACUAUCAAAGUGGCUGCGAUGAUGGUGAUGGGUUUUCUGAUAUCGGUUCCCGAUAUGACUGAGGAAAUUGCAGAACUGAUCGGGAUCAAAAAAUUAGCACAGCCACCCACCGGAAAUGAAGCACGGAGCAAGCCAGUCACAAAAGCAUUCGACCUGUCGCUAAAUCAAGAGGACGAGGAAGAGGAAGAAGCACUUGAUUCCGAUUCCGAGCAAACACAUUUAGUGGAUGGAUGCGAUACCAAAACGCAACAAGCUUCCAGCGGCGAUUGCAACGAUUCCGAAAGUGAUAUAUCCAUGUCGUGGUUGUUUCAAGUGGUUCUAGAGAAUUUAGGAGUCAACUGUACUGCCAGUCCUGUGAUGCCCGUCCGCAUGGAGUGCCUUCAAGUUUUGUGCGCUAUGAGCAGCCAUUAUUCGCUUUUAGCCGAUCAUCUACCGUCGGUGGCGCAAGCACUAAUUAACACAUUCGGUGAUCCUUUGGCGGAGAUAAAGCUGUAUGCUGGUCGGCUGUUGGAUCUGCUUGGUCACGCUAUUCAUACUUCAUUAUUGUUAAAAGACAAAAUCGAUGAGGAAAAACUAAAAGUGGCUGUUACCUUUUGGAUCACCAUCAUUCCGACGGUUACGGAGCAGAUACAGAACGUUAAUCUGGUGGCAAACCUGCGCUCGGUUUAUUGCGAUGCCCUUGGAAACGUUGGUGUGCACAUAUACGAGAAAUUUCCGCGAGACCGUCAACUAGCGCUGGUUUCCUUAUUGACUGGUUGCACUUUCGAUGAAGAUAGUGCCGUCUCUUCAGCGGCAGCUCGCUCCUUGUCAGUGUAUAUAAUGUUUCCGUCCCUUCGGGACGACGUAUGUUACGUGGACAAUACGAUCGAAUCGAUCCUAAGGAUACUACGCGACCCGAAUGCAAUGGCACGGAUUAAAACCAGCUGGUCGCUCGGAAACGUUACUGAUGCACUCAUUCUCAACCAACAACACCAUGCAUCGCAGCAGGAAUCGAUCGUCGGUGACGAUGGUGACAUGAUGAUCAGUGACGAACUGAUGCGACGCAUUCUGAAUGCUGCCCUGGACUCGGCCAACGACAACGAUAAAGUGCGCAGCAAUGCCGUACGUGUGAUAGGUAACGUGCUGCAUCUUUUGAAACAAGCGCAGCUCGAACAAGCCGCCUGGAGUGUGCUUUGGCAGGAUGCGAUCGAACGAUUGGUACAAAACAUGACAGUCACGAGCACCGUAAAUGUGAAGGUAAAAUGGAAUGCCUGUUACGCGCUCGGGAACAUGAUGAAAAAUGAAGCCUACUUCACGCUCACUACUAGCAGUGCCUCUUGGGAGCGUCGAGUAUUCCCCGCUCUAUGCGAGACAGUUGUGAAUUCACCGAACUUUAAGGUGCGCAUCAAUGCCGCCCAAGCGCUGUCGGUAGUCGGGCGCCGAUCAUACUACGGGUCGUUCUUUCAAACAAUUUGGGCAACACUGCUGCAAGCAUUGGAACAAUCGGACAAUUUAGUGGAUUACAAUGAGUACAAGCGUCGCGAUUCGCUGCAGGAGCAACUGUGUCUAUCGUUAGCACACCUCCUGCGCCUGGCAGCAAGGGAGGAUGUACCGCUGAUGGCAGCCCCUCUGCUUCCAUUGUAUGACGCGGUCCGCGGAAAUUGGGUACGAGUAAUCAGUCGAAUUUUGCCGGAGAAAAGCGCUGCCAUGCUGGAGUCUCACCGCGUACUGCUUGAUCUACGAAAGAGUAAGGUUGAAAACGAACAGACUCAGGCAUCCUGUUGGGACCUUUUGCUUGAUUGUUUUAAGGAUUCGUACGUUGGGUAGAGAGAACUCAACCAUUAUUCUAUGGAGAUGGUUAUUAUUUAUUAAAGAUGGCUUAAUACGACUGUGACAAUGAU